CUCCCUCAGAGCGCUGAGGUCCCGGGGCAGAGCCGCCUGUGGGAACUUCGCAGCGUCUCUAAACAAAGCCUUCGCUCGCUUUUUUUUUUUUUUUUUUCUUUUUAUUUUUAACCUCCGGCGGAUUUUUGUCGCUCCACGGGGAUAAAAUCCUGCAGCCGUUGCUUGAUCAAACCCUUCACCCUCAUCCUACCCCAGCCAUGGUGAUGUUCAAGAAAGUGAAGAACUUCGCGGUGGCCUUCAGCGAGCCCGACAAGGUGUACUGCAGCGGGGACAAGGUGGCCGGGCGUGUGCUGGUGGAGGUGGCCGAGGUGACCCGUGUCACCGCCGUCAAGGUGUUGGCAUGUGGCGUGGCCAGGGUGACCUGGGCCAAGGGCCCGGCCCAGUGCCGGCAGGAGAUGGAGUACCUGCGCUUCGAGGACGUGCUGGCGCUGGAGGAGCAGCCCACGGAUGAGGACGGCUCCGUCAUCCUGAGACCUGGCAACAAGUACGAGUACAAGUUCGGCUUCGAGCUGCCCCAGGGGCCGCUGGGCACCUCGUUCAAGGGCAAGUACGGCUCUGUGGAUUACUGGGUGAAGGCAUCUCUGGAGCGUCCAGCCUGCCCCGCUCAGCAGGUCAAGAAACGCUUCGAGGUGAUGGAUCCUGUGGAUGUGAACACCCCAGAGCUGCUGUCUCCAGUUGCGGCCAAAAAGGAGAAGAAGGUGUCCUGCAUGUUCAUCCCCGACGGCCGCGUGUCCGUCAGCGCCCAGAUCGACAGGAAGGGCUUCUGUGAAGGCGACGAGAUCUGCAUCAACGCCGAUUUCGAGAACACCUGCUCGCGCAUCGUGGUGCCCAAGGCGGCCAUCGUGGCCAAGCACACCUACCUGGCCAACGGGCAGACCAAGGUCUUCUGCCAGAAGCUCUCGUGCGUUCGUGGCAACCACAUCAUCUCGGGCACCUCGGAGUCCUGGCGUGGCAAAACCAUCCGCGUCAAGAAGCUCAAACCUUCCAUCCUGGGCUGCAACAUCCUGAGAGUGGAGUACUUCCUGCAGAUCUACGUCAGCGUGCCGGGCUCCAAGAAAAUCAUCCUGGAGCUGCCCCUGGUGAUCGGGAGCCGCUCGGGCAUCGGCAGCCGCAGCUCCAGCAUGGCCAGUCAGACCAGUUCCGAGAUGAGCUGGGUGGACCUCAACCUCCCGGACGCUCCCGAGGCUCCCCCGUGCUACCUGGACAUCGUUCCCGAGGAUCACCGGCUGGAGAGCCCCACCACGCCCCUGCUCGACGAUCCCGACGGCUUCGACAGCCCCAUCUUCAUGUACGCCCCCGAGUUCAAGUUCAUGCCUCCCCCCACCUACACGGAGGUGAGCGCGGCGCCGGAACGGGAGGGGCCCGGUGGAUCUGGGCUCCCCUGCGUGCAUCGCUCACCCUCCUCCUGCUCCGCGGCUCAGGUGGAUCCCUGCGUGUCCAACAACAACAACGGCGACAACGACAACGCCACCGUGCAGUGAGCGCCGCGCCCGCACCGGGGGUCGCUCCCGUUGGCUUGGACUCGGCUCCGUGCGGGCCGCACAUCUCGGGGGCUCCCGAGGAACAGGGACGCGUUCCCGGGGAGCUGCUGCGUUCCCAGGAAUUCCCGCAUUCCCGAGGAAUUGCUGCAUUCCCGUCCCGAAUCUCCAGGGAAACCCCUCAAGGAUUGGCGGGAGGCUGGGACAGAGCUGGCCCGGCUGUCGGGACACACCCACGGCUCGUCCUCGCCCUGUCGUGACAGGCGACAGGCGGGCAGGGCUGGUUUUCAUGGACUUGUGGCUGCGGCUGCUGCUCUGCGCUGUCCCGCCGAGGGACAGGGACAGGGCGCUGUGGCGCGGUGCCAUCGCGACUCCGUCCUGUCGCGACUCCGUCCUGUCGCGACUCCGUCCUGUCGCGACACGCGGCCGGCGUCGCGGCGUUUUGUACUCCGGUUUUGUAGAUAACUGUUCGGGGAGGGCUGGGGUGGGGGGGAAGCACAAGAAAUGCAAAUUUUGUACCUUUUGCUGGCCCCUGGGGGGCGAAGUUUGUAAUAAAGUUGUGAUAAAUCAAUGACAUUGUGCCCCUGGCUCACGGCUGGCUCGGGGCCGGGAUCGUGGCAGGAACCCCCUUGGAAUCAGGACUGGCAUUUCUUUAUUUUCCCAAAUUCUGGAAUUUUUUGGGGUUUUUUUCCCUGGGAGCAGCCCUGGGGGGGAUUUCCUGGUUUUCCAGAGGGGAAGAAAAAAAAAAAACAAAACAAAAAAGCUGAAUAAAAAAGUAAUAUAAAAGGAGGGGAAAGUGAAACACAGAUCAAAACAGGCUGGGGGAUGGUGCAGAGCGGGGAAACUGAGGCACGAACUGCUUUUCCUGCCUUUUGAGGUUUUUUUGGGAGGGGUUUCCUGGUUUUUCCAGAGGGGAUAAAAGCAAAACAGCUGAAAAAUAAAAAUUACAAAAGGAGGGGAAAGUGAAACCCAGAUUAAAAAAGCUGGGGGGUUGCAGAGUGGGGAAACUGAGGCACGAACUGCUUUUCCUGCCUUUUGGGGCUUUUCUGGGAGGGAUUUCCAGGUUUAUCCAGGGGGAAAAAAACCAAAAAAAUCUGAA